UAGAGAAACGUAGGUAUGCUACAUUUUUGCUCUGGGUAGCAAACCGAGUCUCAACAACCAAACAACAGAAUAAAUAUGAUCAGCCUGUUCUCAGUGCAACAACGCAGAGGCCUGAAAACAGGAAUAUAAGUCAGGACGCGUCGACGUGAGGUGGAAAUUUCAAGAUGACAAUUUAGAUCUUGAUUUUUUCUUCGUUGGAUCGAAUUUCACAGCUCGCUCACCUGCAGGUCACGCGCUCUUUAAAGCACUUCAUACCGGUUAGAAGUGAAAGUAAAGGAAGCGCUUAAGAAGCGGUUUAUAUACGACCUGUUAUAUAUGCUGUUCAUAACAACUUAGCGUUCAUGUAAACUAAGGUAAAUAACUGCAUAUCAGACUCUCCUGCUGACUCAGACACUCAGAGACGCGAUGCUGCGCUGGAUUUUAACGGUCUUCCUCGCCCUGCUUACCAUCCCCACAGUGACCGAUGCUGUGACGGUGCAGCUUGGACACAGUGCCACCGUUUCUUGUCAUGUGAACUGUUCUACAGUCACAUGGUGGAGUAAAGGCAUAGAGGUUUUUCAGAGUUUUAAGAUUUUUGAGUUUUCUGAAGGGAAAUGCACUGUAGCUCCAGAAUUUAAGGACAGAAUUGAAUGUUCUGAAGAGAAGAUCAGAGGAGGAGACGUUUCCCUCACUAUGACGUCUGUUGUGUACAAUGACCGAGGCUGGUACUACUGCUCUUGUGACGGAAAGGACCAGUGUGAUAGGAGGAUUGAGGUACUAGUUCCUACCACCUUAAGUAUCUCUUUUGGAGGUGAGGCUACACUCCCUUGCUACGCUGAAACAGACAAACGGACGGUGGACUCCUCUGCCUAUGUGCUGUGGGAAAAGGACGAACAGCAGGUGUUGAAGCUCGAGAAUGGAAAGAUGUCAUAUGGUUCUGGAUUUGAGCAGAGGGCCACAGUGUCAACAGAACGUUAUAAGAAGGGUGACCUCUCUCUGACCAUCGAUUGUGUCACAUUCUCUGACUCUGGCUUAUACAGAUGCUCCCUUAAGGAUGGAGAACACGGAUACCCUGAUCCCAUCUCUCUGAUUGUUGAAGCUCAUCAGUAUGUUCAUCAUAAAAAGGUGGGUGACUCUGUCCUGCUGGAUCUAGUGGUUCUACCACCAGUGAUGGUAUAUUUUAAGGAAAGUGACGCCACAGCAGACUCCUGGAUGUGUGCCAGGCUGAAAGACGCCUUUCACUGUAAGCCAGGCUAUGAGCAGAGGGCCGCUAUCGUGAAUAACUCUAUCAUGCUGAGUAAACUGUCAGAGGCUGACAGUGGAACUUACACAGUGAAGGACGUCAGGUCUGGUGAAGUCGUUGCCAUUCACAAACUUGCAGUUAUUGGUUUGCCAUCCCAGAAGUUUCCAUGGGUUUCUGCCUCCAUAUUUUGUGCCAUAAUCGUGUCACUUCUCGGAGCAGUAAUCUUCUUUCUUUGUCGGCAAAAGCGGCAACGGCAGACAGAGCAAAGAAAGGAGCAAAAGCAGCUGGAGGCAGGAAAAGCGAAAGAUGUGACCGAACAAGAAGAACUUGUACAGCUCUCCAUUCAACAAACUGAGAGCAGUAUUAGAUCCCCACAUCCAUGGGCUCAGAGUAAACCAGUCAACAGCCUGCCAGCAUUAGAGGAUAGUCGAGAUGAAGACUCCUGUCCUAACCAGGUUUUUGACCUUGAUGGAGAUACACAUUGCUAAAGCUACAGCCGUCCUUAUUUACUCCCUUUCACACAUAGAUUAAGGUGACAGUUAGGCAAAAAAAUCCUUUUACUCCUCAGCUGUAGUUGAUCAGACAUGUUUGAUGCCCAAAGUUUGCUUCUAGUUUUGCACUGGAAGGCUACAAGGCUGCUGUAGCUAACAAGUAAUGAAGCUAAAAUGCCCACAAAUGGAAUCUGCAAGCCUAAAUUAUAAUACACUUGCAUCAAAACACAUCUACUUGUAUGAAAAAUUCCAAAUAGGCAUGUUUGUGUGGUUUCCAAAGCGGCAAAAGUAGACAAGGCAGCCAUCUUGAGGGAGUCGUAACCAUGCAGUGAGAAUGACGAGUUGGUACUUGCUAACGGCUAACAUUCAGAAAGCAUUAGUUUAGCCCCACAACAGCACUUUUUGUUUCAAAAAUGUUUAUUUUCCAGUUUGUAUUUUAAUUUCAUAUGCAUUAAUAUCUUUAAUCUACUGGUUUUUUUUUUUUUGGUUUGGGUGUUUUAAAUAGCAUUAAUCUGUUAGCUUGCUAGCUUGAGUUAGACUAAUUUUGUCCACAUUUCAGUAACGCACUGUACUUCUGCGAUAAGUCUGUCAGUACAAUCUGUACUUUAGAUGACACCUAUUUUAUACAUCCACUUUACUUAGUCUUAUUUUGAGCCUACUUUAUGUAAUGGCAGUCUUUGCUAGCAAUUGCUAGUAAUUGCUGUCAACGUAUUUUAAUACUGAGUGUAGUUGCAAACCUGUAUAUCCAAGUUUCCACCCCAAGAUGGCGUCAAUAACGCAAGUGAACAAUGCACAGUGUGCAAUAAAUAUCAAAACACAAGCUAGUGUAUACACCAGUCCAAAAUGCUACGCUAGAAUGCUAAGCUAAUGACAGUCCAAAAUGCUAAGCUAAGCUAACAGUGACUUGAAGUGAUUGAGCUAGCACAGAAAUAUUGGAACCAAAAUACUUCCAACAUAAAUGAAGCCUUGGACCAGAUAUUAGAAGAACUUGUGCUAUAUUUUCAUGCAGACAAAAUAAUAAGCUCAAACCGCCUCAUGCCAAUAUACUGCAUUAGUAGGAUACUCUGUUGCAUUUACAUUACUAUAAGUCAGACAACGUGAACCAGACCAAGUAAAAAAACACUGUGAAUUGGACCAGUUAUUUACAAUAUAGUGCAGUAUAGCUCAAAUAUCGUCAUUAAGAGAUGAUUUCAGUAUCUUAUCAAACUCUUAUUUUUUAAUCAGUGUCAGUUUUGCAUAUGUAGUUAAUGGAAGCACAAAACUGUAAAACUGUUAUGUUGUAGUCCAUCCUCUAUUAACACUACGAAAUAACACACAGGUCCCAAAUUAGUAUUGGUGACCAGCCAUUUCAGAAGCUUUACUUUAAUUAUUAAUUAUUUUUAUUUUUUUAAUUUUUUGUUUAGUUACAGCAUUUAAUUAAAGCAUUUCAACCAAACAAACUCAACUAUUAGGCCUUAAGCAUUACAGGGCUAAUUUGAACACCUGGCAGCUAAAAUAAACGAAAAGUAUAAGGUUUACUAUGAAAGUACCUCAAGAACAAGUUUUUAUAGUGUAUUGAAACUAAAGGAGCCAUAAACUGGAACAUACUAUGAAACCAAUCAGAAUAUGGAGAGCCUCCUGCCUUAACUCCUGUUCUCUCAUCAUCAGGGCAUUAAAGGAAUAUUGUUGUGUUUUUCAGUCCAGUCUACAUCUGUAGCAUCUGGUUGAUUAGCACAGACAAACAUUUAUAAUUUAUUUCACUAAGAACAACAGUUCACUUGCUUUAGUAUCACUCCAUUAUGUUUGGAGUCUGUACAAAGAAAUGCACCACAAUUACUGCCUGUGGUAACUGACCGUGUGCUGCAGAUUGAGAUUAGACGGAAAAAUAUGGAUUAUUCCUUUAAGAUGUUUUCUUGCUUAACUACUGUAGCUUGUAUAGUCCGUAUAGAUGUUUUACAAUGUAAACAGAGGGAAUGCAAGAAAUACCUGUUUACAGCACUUGGCAAUAGGGAGGAGGAAAAACUGACUGAAAACUUUCUUCAGUCACACUUGAUGGAGAACCUCUGCUGCUAGUGGAACUCUUUUCUACAAACCAGCAACAUCUAAACUGAGCAAAACCUCAAACACAAAAUGUGUGCUGCUAGCGCUCAGUGUUUACAUCAAGCUCAUUUUACAUUUCUAAUAAUAAUUACCACUUAAUAAUAAUUAAUUUAACAAAUGUAAUCGUUUUACCCAAAGCAAAGCUAAAGUAAUAGAGAAAUGUUCUGCAUUUUAUUUAUUUUUAUUUAUUGACUGAUGGUUUUUGCACUUAAAGGUCUGUUUAUGAAGUUGAGCUGCCCUUAUCCUACUGACUAUUUCCUAUUUUAUACUAUUUAUACUAUUUUCUAGAAAAUUCCCCAUCCUGUUGUUCUGAAAUCUCCUGGAAUCACUGAGUGUGCAGUCUUUCUUAUUAGUAUUGGCUAAAGGCAACUACACAAAAGUGACCUUCACAGACUGUUAGUAUUGGUAUGCAGUGUUUGUCAUGUU